UGUGGCAAAGAGCGAGAUGAGAUAAUUGCCCUUCCCAAAGAAUCUCCGUCUCCAUCUCUGCCUUCAUCUUCACUUGCAUUCGAAAAUCGCACAAAGAAAACACUUUCAGAAAACAAAACACGUUCAGAUUCAGCCAUGGCUAACAUGAUAGUGGCAUCCUCCAACACCAAACCCUUGAUUUCACCAAUCUCAACCAGAACCAAAUUCAUCCAAAUUCCACAGCCACAAUUCUCUCUCCCCAGACUCUCUCAACAAAAAAUCCCUAAAAUACCCCUCUCCCUCUCUUCUUCCUCCAGUAUCAAAUCCCUCUCUCUCCUCGCUGUUACUUCCUUAACCUUUUCACCUUCCUCUUUAGCCGCCGAAAUGGAGAAGGCCGCUCUUUUCGAUUUCAACUUAACUCUGCCGAUCAUCAUGGUUGAAUUCUUGCUUCUCAUGUUCGCUCUCGACAAAAUCUACUUCACUCCUCUCGGCAACUUCAUGGACGAGAGAGAUGCCGCCAUCAAAGAGAAGCUUAACAGCGUGAAGGACACUUCUGAGGAGGUGAAGCAGUUGGAGGAACAAGCGGCUGCCAUAAUGAGAGCUGCGAGAGCUGAAAUAUCAGCGGCUUUGAAUAAGAUGAAGAAGGAGACACAAAUGGAAGUUGAACAGAAACUGGCUGAAGGAAGAAAGAAAGUAGAGGCUGAACUUCAAGAGGCUUUGGCUAAUUUGGAGAAGCAAAAGGAAGAUACUAUAAAGUCUCUUGAUUCUCAAAUUGCUGCUCUUAGUCAAGAAAUUGUCAACAAGGUCCUUCCUGUUCAAUAGAUUGUUCGUUUGUUAAUUGUGUUGUACUUCCGACUAUGUUUUUGGAUUGUGUUGAUUUCCGUAGUCAAACAAUGCAAGUAUAAUUAUGCACC